CACCAAAUAAAAUGGCGGGUGAAGUUGAAAAUCCACAGAUGAAUGAAAAACCUGCACUCGUCUCUGGGAUCAAUUUAGGAAGGCUAAGGGAAAAAGUCAAGUUUUACAUUGAAAAGCACCAGUAUGAAUCCGCAUUGUUUUGGGCAGAUAAAAUCGUUUCCCUCUCAAACGGGAACCCAGAUGAUGUUUAUUGGUAUGCGCAGACUCUGUACCUGACUGGGCAGUACCACAGAGCUUCACAACUCCUGAAGUCAAGGAAACUGGACAAGACAAAUUCUUCAUGUCGCUACCUGGCGGCCAAAUGUCAUUUUGAAUGUAAAGAAUGGCAGACGGCUCUCAAUAUUCUAGAUAUGGUGGAUAACAACAGUUACCUCCCUUCCUUCAGCAAACAAAACUUGACCGAAUCACUGUUUGAUCAGAGUAAUAAAGAGGUGGAGCAUUCUAUAAACCUGCUAAGAGGAAGAAUCUAUGAAGCCAUGGACAACAGGAAUCUGGCGGUCGACUGUUUCCGCGAGGCUCUGAGACAGGAUGUGUAUUGUUUCGAGGCGUUCGAUAUGCUGGUUCAUCAUCACAUGCUCUCCGCACAGGAAGAACGUGAAUUACUAGACACUCUCCCUUUUGCUAUACAAUGUCCGAUAGAAGAUGUGGAACUUAUUCGAUAUUUAUAUGAAAAUAGAGUCAAAAAGUAUGAUAAACCUAAAGACCACAGAGUCCCGGGGACCUUAGCAUGUUUGAAGGAUAACAUGGACAUUGUGGUGAACGUAGCAGAGAAAAAUUACUACAACUGUGAUUUCAGAGAGUGCUACAAAAUCACCACCAGGGUGAUGAGCAAUGAUCCAUACAAUAGCCAAUGCUUGCCUAUUCACGUUGCUGUCCUUGUAGAACUCAAGAAAGCUAAAGAUUUAUUUUACCUAUCUCAUAAACUUGUGGAUCUGUAUCCCAAUGAUCCGGUGUCUUGGUUUGCUGUUGGCUGUUACUACCUCCUGACAGAAAAAAGCGAACCAGCUCGGCGGUAUCUAAGCAAAGCGACCACACUUGACCGCGUGUAUGGACCGGCCUGGCUGGCGUUUGGUCACUCGUUCGCUGCGGAGAAUGAGCACGACCAGGCAAUGGUGGCGUACUUCACGGCAUCUCAAUUGAUGAAGGGCUGUCACCUCCCCCUCCUCUACAUCGGACUGGAACAUGGACUAACCAACAAUUUCAAGCUGGCCGAGCGGUUCUUCAGCCAGGCCCUGACGAUCGCCCCGGAGGACCCGUUUGUGCUCCACGAGAUGGGAGUUAUAGCUUUCAAAAGUCAGGAAUGGGGCACAGCAGAGAGAUACUUUAUGGAUGCUCUCAGGAUUCUAGAAAAUAUCGGCCAACAAGUUAUCGUGGAAAAAUGGGAACCCUUGCUCAAUAAUUUGGGACAUGUGUAUAGGAAGUUAAGGAACUAUGACAAAUCGCUGGAGUACCACAAGCGCGCGGGAAUCCUCUCGCCCCAGAAUCCCUCCACAUACUCGGCCAUUGGCUACACUUACGUCCUGAUGGGGGACAAUCUAAUGGCAGUGGACUACUUCCAUAAAGCACUUGGAAUCCGGCGAGAUGAUCAGUUCUCGACGACUAUGCUAUCCAGUGUUAUAGAAACUCUUAUGUCGGAGAUGGAUCCUUGUGAAGGGGCUUCUGAAGAUUUCCCGGCUUUUCCGACUCCUGGAAAAUUAGAAUUUUCUCACAGCAGUAGUCAGGAACUAAGUGACCUUGACAUUAACCCUGAGGACAACUCGAGCAUGGCAAUAGAGGAAGUGGACAUGGACGACUGAUUUGUGUAACACCUCAGUUACUCCAUUGAUGGAGAAUAUGUGAUUGAAGAGCUGCACAGGGACAGUGUGUAUUUAUUUAACACAUGACACAAUACACUGGUAUAUACAGCGGUGCAGUGCCUGGCCACAGCUCAUUGUCACAAAGAGACAAUUACCUGAUGUCUCAGCCCCUAAACAUGCUUAGCCAUGUUCCGUUUUGGGAUAUUGUUCCUAAGACAAGGUGCCCUAAGAGAUUUGGAGUUGAAGACUAAGAGAUUUGAAUGUAUUGUAUGACAAGAUUUAUUGGUUUUACAUCAUCCACUCUUAAUUGGUAUCAAGAAUAAAUUUUAUAUAUCCUUC